CGAUAAUCAACCAAGUUCAGGACUUGAUUUAGUACUAGUGAAAAGUUGUUUUGGAAAAAUUGCUAAUUGAAAAGGAAGUUAUUUAGGUUAAUAUUGGAUAGCUUGCAUUAACAAUACUCGGUAUAUCGUUUGUCCCUUGCUGCAACCAUAACUACCUCAGGCAAUAAAAUACCUAGUGAACCACAAGUGAAGACCGGAAAAUCCUUAAAUAAUCCACAAUGACUAUUCUCACUACUGCAACCAUAACUACCUCACCCAUUACUUUUACUCAACCCGACCUUCUUCAUCCAACCCCAUGGUCUUCUUUCCCCAGUUCCCGCCGAAAUGGUUCAUUUUUCUCUUCUGGGUUCAAGAAGAGCAGCUCGUACUUUUCCAAGAGCACGAACAACUCUACCAACUUAGCUGCCUUGCCCUUUGACCUUUCUCCUCCCCCUAUUGAUCACGACCUUGUUGACGCCAUGGAAGCUGCUGGGGCAAAAGUCUCGGAGAAGGGGAUCAUCGAGUCAUUUGAUAAUGACGAUGAAGCACUGGAUGCGGUCGAUAAUGGUGUUGCGGUGGUCGACCUUUCACAUUUUGGAAGAAUAAGAGUCAGUGGAGAAGAUCGUAUCCAAUUUCUUCACAACCAAACAACUGCAAAUUUUGAAUGUCUUCGUGAGGGAGAGGGAUAUGACACUGUCUUUGUUACACCAACUGCUCGGACAAUAGAUAUUGCACAUGCAUGGAUCAUGAAAAAUGCUGUGACUCUAUUGGUUUCACCCGAGACUGGUGGGAGCAUUGCUGAAAUGCUGAAAAAAUAUAUUUUUUUUGCUGAUAAGGUAGAGAUCCAAGAUAUAACUAAGCAAACAGCCUUCUUUGUUUUGGUGGGACCUAAAAGCAAUCAACUUAUGGAAGAGUUGAAUCUUGGUGAUCUUGUUGGAAAACCAUACGGAGCACAUCAACAUUUCAGCGUUAAUGGGAUGCCCAUAACUGUGGGGGUGGGAAAUGUGAUUUCUGAAGAAGGCUCUUCACUUUUAAUGUCACCAGCUGCAGCUGAGACUGUCUGGAAGACACUUCUUUCCCAAGGUGCUAUCCCAAUGGGCUCCAAUGCUUGGGAGAAGCUAAGAGUUUUUCAAGGAAGGCCUGCUCCUCACAAAGAGCUUACCAAUGAAUUUAAUGUCUUGGAGGCCGGUCUCUGGAAUUCAAUCUCUCUAAACAAAGGGUGUUACAAGGGACAAGAGACUAUAUCUAGACUUAUAACCUAUGAUGGUGUUAAGCAGAGAUUAUGGGGUAUUUCUCUUUCCUCAGCAACAGAACCCGGCAGCACUAUUGUUGUUGAUGGUAAAAAGGUGGGGAAGCUGACUAGCUGUGUACCCGGAAGAAAUGGAACCGAGUAUGUUGGCCUAGGCUACGUUAAGAGAAGAGCUGCUUCAGAAGGAGAUACUGUAAUUGUAGGAGACUCUGUUACUGGUACCCUGGUUGAGGUACCUUUUCUUGCUAGGCAACAAGCUUUAUCGAACAGUUCAAGUUCUUGAACCUUUUUCCACAGCAAUGUAGAUUAUAAAUAGAAUCCGAAAUCAUCAAAAUCUAUAUGCAAUAAUACUAAAGCAGAUAGCUUUAGUUUAAUUGUCAGAUGCAUAAUUUACUUAUGCACAUGAUGUCUUUUCUAUUAAAUAAUUGGUUGGCACUUUAUUCAGUCAGUGCUAACUGAUGGCUAAAUGUCUCAAAAUCAAAUCUCAUAUUCUUGUUAAAUACAAUAAUUACUUACCUUUUGGUGUCCCAGAAA